UCGUCUUGUUGGACUCAUCACAUCAUAGAGUACAGACAGAGAGGCAGAGGGUAAUCUCAGCUGAGUUUGGGUGGACGUUUUGUUAUCACAACAUUUUACUCCUGACGAAAAAAUAGUGUCGUAAAAUUGCAGUUUAAAAAAAAAUUUAAAUUAAAUAAAUUGAUCUAAAACUAAAUAAAAAAACUAAUCAUGAGUAGGUGCGUGUUUUGUGAUAUUGUUGGUGGAAGAUCACCAGAUACAAAUAUCGAAUAUGAAAACGAUAAGAUAGUGAUUUUUAGGGACAUAAAACCUGCAGCGGAGAAUCAUUUCCUGGCCGUUUCAAAAAUUCAUUAUGAAAGUGCUAAAACAUUGCGAAAAGAGCAUAUUGAUUUGAUUGACCUUAUGGAGAAAUCCUUAACAGAUCACUUAACUAACAUGGGAGUCGAUACAAAAGAUUCUCUUUAUGGGUUUCAUUGGCCUCCAAUGAUAAGUGUAAAGCAUUUGCAUAUGCAUGCGAUUGCUCCAGCUUCGAAAAUGUCGCUAACUUAUCGUCUGAUGUUCAAAGCAGAUUCGUUUUGGUUUAGGACACCUGAAUCAGUUCGGCAGACAUUGAGAGAAAGUUAAUUACUUAACAAAACAAAAACAGAAAAAACAACAUAAAAAAUACAUAUUCCAAGUUUUUAAUCUUCCAUUUUAGAAUAUGUUAAAUUAAUUAAUUAUAAUAAUAACAAAAACCUUCUGGGUUUCAUAUCUGUCAUUCAAUAUUCUCAUUGUAUCAUAUUGGGCUUUGAUGUAAUUAAAAAAAGUAAAGCUUUGUUGUUAAAACUAUAGUAAAUAUUGGUAAAGUAGUGUUUGCCAAUUUUAAAUUAUGUUUUAUUCUUUCUACUAUACAUUAUAUUAAAUGUUAAGACUCAAAUAAAAAACUUUCAUGUUCAUUAUUACA